AUGGGAUCCAGCGGAGAAUAUGGCCAAGAGAAGUCCAAUUCGUCAUCGCCAGAUGAGCAGCAAGUGUUGGCCUCGGAUGACAUGGACCAUGGCGCUGAAAGUGAGCUGCAACGUCGUCUGAGCAGUCGUCACAUCACCAUGAUUGCACUAGGCUCAUCCAUUGGUAUGGGGCUGUGGCUCGGCAGUGGAACAAGUCUCAUCAAUGGGGGCCCUGCUGCGCUCCUGAUCGGCUACUUAUUGUCCGGGACAAUGAUCUGGUGUGUCUCACAGUCCAUUGGCGAGAUGUGGACAACCAAAUUCGUCGACCCAGCUGCAGGUCUGACGCUCGGGUGGUGUUACUGGUUCCAAUAUUGGAUCACCAUCGCCAACGAGCUCGCCGGCCUCGUUACAGUGAUGGGCUUCUGGACGGAUAAGCUUCCAACCGCUGCAACAAUCACGAUCUUCCUCCUGGUAAUUGUGGCAAUCAAUGUCGUUGCAGUCAACUGGUUUGCCGAGGUCGAAGUAAUCUUCGCAACUUUGAAGUUCGGCUGGAUUUUUGUUGUAAUCAGUCACAUGAUAGUCAUCUCUGCCGGCGGCGCCCCCGAGGGAGGACCCAUCGGAUUCAGGUAUUGGAACACCACCGGCGGGUUUACGAAUGGUUUCAAGGGAUUUUUGUCGAUUAUGCCUACGUGUAUCUUCGCAAUGUCAGGUUCCGAAAACUGUGGUCUCGUUGCAGCCGAGACAGGAAACCCCCGGAAGUCUGUGCCAAAGGCUGUCAGCUCUAUUUGGAUCCGGCUGGCUCUCUUCUACAUCCUCGGCUCGCUCAUGGUGACUAUUACUGUCAGUCCUGAUAACCCGGACCUGUUCGGUGGCGAAGGAACGAACGCAUCGCCAUUUGUUGUAGCCUACAAAGACUCCGGAUUGAUGCCUCUCGCACACAUUAUGAAUUUCAUCAUCUUCAUAUCUGUUCUGUCGACUGGCAGUAUCUCAGGGUAUGGAGGCUCCCGAACAUUGGUUGGCUUGGCUCAGAUCGGAAUGGCCCCAAAGCAAAUGCUUAGGGCCGAUAAGACCGGUCGUCCUUGGUUCGCCCUGGUCCCAACUCUUGUCAUUGGAGGCGGGCUGGCUUACCUGAAUGUCAGCCAGAGUGGCGCCGAGGUGUUCACCUGGUUCUCGAAUCUGACAUCAUUGUUUACCCUCUUCGGGUGGGCGAUGAUAUGUCUGUCACACAUUCGCAUGCGUCACGCUUGGAAGGUCCAGGGCCGCUCUGUCGAUGAACUCCCUUGGAAGACGUGGACAUAUCCCUGGGGGGCCUAUUGGGGUCUCAUCUGGUGCAUACUCCUCAUCAUUGCUGAGUUCUACCUGAGCGUCUGGCCUUUGAGCGAACCAAUGAGUGCCAAAAAUUUCUUCGCCAACUACAUCUCUAUUGUGGCUGGAGUCGUCAUAUGGCUUAUCACUCGUGGCUAUUUCUAUGCUACGAAGAGGCAGGGCUGGUGGGUUAACUCUCACACCAUUGACCUUGACGAGGGUCGCAGGUUCUACUCCCGCGCGGCCGUAGAAGACGCAGAGAAAGGCGGCCUCACAAAGUCCAAAUUUGGGUGGAUUCGUCAUAUCUGA